AGCGUUAUCGAUGCGGUCACACUGCUGACCAACAUGGCCGUCGAGAAAAACUGAACGCAACGCCGUGUUUAACAUUUUCUACUCUAAAACCACACGAAAUAUCGAAAAGCGUGCACGCAAACGUUGACAAAUCUUGUUGUGUAUGUUUUUGAAAUGGUAAAGUGUGUUGUCGCGUUCGCCAAAACCUAAGCCCAAACCCAAACCCUAACCGAUUGGGGAUUGUAAAAACAAUAUCGCUUGGGCAAUAAAAUACAUACGAUACGUGCGCGAUAUACUAUAUAUUUGCCAGAGCGAGAGACCGAAAUACCGCGAUGGCGUCGCGCAGGCGCGCCGAACUGAAUCCCAAACUGCACAUGGACAGGCAGCCGACAGCUGCCCGCAUAACAGAUCCAUCAUUACCCGCCGGCAAGCGACGCGAGAUCGACAACGUGAUGAAGAAGGCGCGCGCCAACACGACCAACGACUACUGGGACAAGAAGCUGAUCGAGGCCGAGGAGAAGGACCCGAAUCGAUGGCGCCACACUGGCUACAAGAAGAUGUACAUUCAGGGCGAGAGCAGCUCUGGUGAGAGCGAGCGCGAAGGUCGCGACGCCCGCGAAGGUCGUGAGGGGGGAGCACCGCCCUACGGCCGAUAUCCGCCCACCGGCGGACCGCCGCCCGGUCCGCCCCCGCCACAGCGGUACGGCCGCUCCCGUUCGCCCCAUUCGCGCAGUCGGUCGCGUCUGCGCAAGUCGCCGCCGCUUUCGCCGCCCCCGCGUCGCCGGUCGCCGCCGAUGGCCAUGCACGGUGGCAUGGACCGCCGCGGCGGUCCGCGUUCGCCGCCCAUGCCGCGUUCGCCCAACAGCAACCACGACGCCCUCAUGCGUCGCCCCGGAAAUGGCCACGGCGGACGGCCCCGGUCCCCGCCGGAACCCAGUGGUGGCUCGUCCUCCUCGUCGCUGCGACGCAAGCCCAACGCGUCGCGAUCUCCGUUGGGGCGACGACGGUCGCCUCCGCUUCCGCCGCCCUCGUCGUCGGGAAUGGAGAAACGGGGCGCCGUCGCCCACAUCCUGCCGCGUUCCAAGCGCCCGCCAUCUCCACCGCCGAGGCACUCGAUGCGUUCGCGUUCAAACAGCUCGAUGAGUAGCAGCUCCGAUGAUUCCUGCUCCCUUUGCUCGCCCAGUCAUCGUCAUAGAUCUCGAUCCCGCGGUCCGCGUUCCCCGCCACCCAAGCCACGUGGCCAUUAUCGUUCGGGGGCGCCGCCGCCCCCUCCGUCGGAGUCACAUGGCCGUAUCCAUGGUCGCCCCAGCACUCCACCACCCGUGCGCGGAGGUGGAGGCGCGUCGGUAUCCGCCAUAGAGAAGUACCGCCAGGCGAAGAUGCGUCACAUCAGCCACGAUCGCGGCUCUUCGUCGGAUGCCCACAUGAAGAUCGCGCGGUCGUCGCGUCACUCUCCGCCGCCGGAAGAUCCGCGUCUGAAGCACCGUCCGCCAGAGCCACCAGAGCCGGCAACAGCGCCAACUGGAGCUCCUGCGGCACAGGCCAAAAAGAAAAAGAAGGAGAAGGAGAUAAGGCCACGCAUCAAAAUUGAAGGUGAGAAACGCAAAAAGCAUCCGAGCGGGACGGCCAGUGGCACCGGAGCUAACGCGGCGAACUCCUCCUCGGAUUCGGACGAUUCGAACGGCUCGGACAGCGACGAGGUCGGCACGCUGCCCACAUUCUCGGCUACGACGCGGCUGACGCUCUCGGAGCGGUUCGGCAAAAUGGCGCAGUGGAGCAUCGAUCGGAGCAACAUGGAGAAUAUGCGCAUCACCAAAGACUCCGCGGGUGGGGCCCUCAAAGUGAUGAUUGAAGAGGGUCUGGAGUCGCCGCCGCGUCGCUAUUCGUAUUCGCCGGCACCGGCCGGGCAUUUUCCGGAGGAGUUGGCCACCACAGCACCGUCGGGAAUGCUGUCGUGGGACGAUGUGCGCGUCCGUUACGAGUACUACAAGAGUCGUGGUUACUUAAGAGAUCUGGAUCUUAAGGACUAUAUCAAGUGGGAAGAGUGGUGGUAUAAAUAUCAGGAGUGGUUGAAACAGGAACGCUACUAUGAGUACUGGGAUCGCAGUCAGCAAUUGCGCAGACGACGCAAGAAGCUGCCGGUCACUCAGCGCUUAAACUGAGAGCCCCCGCGUCUCAAUCAUUUCAUUAAUUCUCCUAUUGCCCAUGCUCCCCACAUAAUUCAGUUCAUUUAAUUGAUCUUAUUUUUCCCUCAUUUAUGUUGUAUCCUAAUCAUUUCCGCAUCCCAUCAUCCCCUUUUGUACAUUUAAAAUGUAUAAAACUGCAUUUGUCAGCUUACAUAACUAAUUACAAUAACCAGCCAAGCACCCGGAGGUGGUUGGAUCUUGGUUUCUGACAUCCUGCUUUUGGCGUAGGGUUUUCAUUAACACUGAACUUUGUAAGUUUUUUUGAGUGCAUGUUGUGUAGUACAACACACCCAGAUAUUUGUAAACGCAUUAAAUAACAGUCAGUAUAAAA